AUAAAAGGCCAUUGAGAGGUUAAGCAUUUUUCCUACACAAAUUAUAAACCACAUAACCAGCCUUUAAUUUAAUUGUUGAAGAAACUACAUAGAUAUAGAUACAUGGGAGCCAAUGGUUCUACUCUUUACGAUCCCUCACCAGCCAGACCGCGUAAUGUAAUGCAAAAAGCCACUGGUCGGGUCACCGCAUUCCACUCCUCGCUAAAGUGGAAAGCCUAUUUUGAGGCCUCAAAACAGACUUCAAAACUUAUUGUAAUCAACUUUACGGCGUCGUGGUGUGGGCCCUGCAAGUACAUGUAUCCUGCACUUGAUGAAUUUGCAGAGGUGUACAAGGAUGUGGACUUCAUCAAGAUUGAUGUUGAUGAAUUUGAAGAUGUGGCGCAGGAGUUUCAAGUGCAGGCGCUGCCGAGUUUCGUCCUGAUAAAGAAAGGGAAGAAAGUAAAUCAUGUUGUGGGAGCCAAGAAGGAAGAGCUCAGGAAGAAGAUUGAGAAUCACAGGUCUUGAAAAGGCCAAUUGAAUGACAGGAAUUGAGCAGAGAGAGUAUUGUCAUUGUGGAGAAGAUCCAUCAUCAAUAAAUGACAUAAUGAAUCUAUUAUUGGACUUUGAUGUAAAAUAGAUGAUGAUAAAUCACUAAAUAAAGUAGACAGACAGACAGACAGUAGUAUUGCUGUUGUAUGAUCUGAAAUUUAUCUUUCUCAACCAAGAAUUAUGAUGUAAACCUUGUUACAUAUUCUAA